UGCUGACCACUCUACGAAACAUACUCUAUGACUGCCCCGACAUAUUGUCUACGACGUACAUGUUACACGCAAGUAAAAACUGUGAAUGAUUGUGAAUAACAAAAUAAAAAUGUAAGCCCAAUCGUAACGUUUGUCAUUUAUAAAGAACCCAAACAUUACAUGGUGUCAGAAUGGCAACAAAUAACAACGAAGCAGUCUCCGGUAUUAAACCACCCGGAUACUUGCACAUCGAGUCGGACAACAAGUCGGCAAAUUGGAAAAAAUGGCGACAACAGUUCGAAUGGUAUGCAACAGCAAUUCAGCUAGGAAAGAAACCUGCCGAUAUUCAAGCUGCAACAUUCAUGUCAAUCAUAGGACCAGAUGCAAUUGACAUCUACAACAGUUUUAAUUUGAAUACAAUAGACGAACAAAAAUUAAGCAUCAUUAUCGGAAAGUUCGAAGAAUAUUUCGCGCCGAAAAACAACAUAUCGUUCGAAAGGUAUGUUUUCUUCAAAAUUGAACAACAUGAAGACGAAUCGUUUAACGAAUUCAUCACUAGAAUUAAAACACAAGCAAACAAAUGCGAGUUUGGCACUCUACUUGAAGAAAUGCUAAAAGACAAGAUUGUAUUCGGAAUAAAAUCAACCCAAAUCAGAGAAAAAUUACUCACCGAAGAAAAACUUGAUCUCACAAAAGCCACAGCCAUCUGUAAAAGCAGUGAACAAGCUUCCAAACAACUUAACGAGUUUGAGAAUAACAACAAGAGUGAAAAAAUACUGACAAUCAAAAGUAAGAACUUCAGAAAUGAAAAAUUUGACUGUAAAAGAUGUGGUUCAAGCCACAAGGCUAGAGAAUGCCAAGCCUACAACAAAUUAUGCACAAAGUGUAACAAGGCCGGUCAUUUUGCAAAAAUGUGUCGUUCCCAAAUCCAAUUGAAACAAAAAAAUAAAAUAAAUACUCUAGAAGAAAAUUCUACUUCCGAAAAUUCAGAUGAAUCAUUUAUAGGACAAUUAAGUGUCGGCAACUCCAAAGAUUGGACAGAAAGUGUCGAAACUGCCAACACCAAAUUCACAGCAAAGCUUGAUACUGGUGCAGAGUGCAACGUCCUUCCAAAUUUCAUAGUACAGAAAACUCAUGCUUGUAUACAACCAAGUCGCACUAAAAAUUUAAUAAGUUAUUCAAAUAACAGAAUUUCAGUACUUGGAGAAGUAAAGUUACAAUGCAAAAUAAAAAAGAAAACUGCUAAAAUACUAUUUAAAGUUGUAGCUGAAAGAGUCACACCAGUCUUAGGACUAAACACUUGUGAGAAGCUGGGACUAAUUGCACGAGUUGAAACAUUGAAAGAAAGCUCAUCCAAUGAUGACAUAUUUAAAGGGUUAGGUUGCUACAAAAAUUUUGAGUAUGAUAUUGACCUCAUAGAAAACCCCAAAUUUGAAAUAAAACCAACAAGAAAAGUUCCACAUGCCAUAAGAAAUGAAGUAAAACAAGAAUUAGAUAGAAUGGUAAAAUUGGAUGUCAUCACACCUGAAACAGAACCGACACCAGCAGUAAGUCCGAUGGUCGUAGUCAGACAAAAAGGAAAAUUGAGAAUAUGCAUCGACCCAUCGGAUGUGAACAAAAAUAUUUUAAGAAGACAUUUCCCACUUGCAACAAUAGAAGAGAUAGCAGCAGACAUCAAAGGAUCAGAAUACUUUUCCCUACUAGACUGCACCAAAGGAUUUUGGCAAAUUAAAUUAUCAAAAAGAACACAAAAGAUACUGACAUUUUCUACACCAUGGGGAAGAUAUUCAUUCAAAAGACUUCCAUUCGGACUAUCGUCAGCCCCUGAAAUUUUUCAAGAAAUCUUGACUAAUCUUCUCAGCAAAUUCAAAAAUGUAAAAGUAUCAAUCGAUGAUAUCUUUAUUCAUGCCAAAAAGAAGGAAGAGCUACAGAAAACGGUCAAAGAAGUAAUAGAGACAUUGAAAAUUUCUGGCUUCAAACUCAAUCAAAGCAAAUGCAUCUUUGAAGCCAAAAGAAUAAAAUUUUUGGGUCAUAUAGUCUCAGCCAAAGGUUUAGAAGCAGAUCCUGAAAAAGUCAAAGCCAUAGAAUUUAUGAAAACACCACAGAACAAAAAAGAACUGCAAAGGAUACUAGGAAUGAUAACAUAUUUAAAUAAAUACAUACCCAACAUGUCAGAAUUAACAAACCCUUUGAGAGACCUACUUCACAAGGACACAAGUUUCAACUGGGAAUUCUAUCAUGAUGAAGCACUCAACAAAAUUAAAAAAGUUUUACAGAAUCCGCCAGUGCUAAAACUAUAUGAUGUAAACAAACCAGUCACACUAAGCGUGGAUGCAAGCUCAAAGAAUCUCGGUGCAGCACUUCUUCAGGAAGGCCAACCAGUAGCUUAUGGAGCCAGAACGUUGACUAAAUCCGAACAAAAUUAUCCUCAAAUUGAAAAGGAAGCACUUGCUAUACUAUUUGGGUGCAAAAAGUUCCAUGAGUAUGUCUAUGGCAAAGAGUUAUUAGUCGAAUCAGAUCACAAGCCGCUCGAGACAAUAUUCAGAAAAAACAUUCAGUCAGCCCCAGCUAGAUUUCAACGUAUAAUGCUCAACCUAACACCGUAUUCACCAAAAAUUACAUUUAAAAAAGGCACAGAAAUACCACUAGCAGACUUUUUAAGUCGUGAUUGUGACACUUCAAAACUGAAUGACUAUCAGGAAGAAGACCUGAAGAUCUCAAUAAUUUUACCAACAACAUUUGACUACACAGAAGAGUUGAUCAAAGCAACAAAAGAAGACCCCCACCUGCAACUCUUGUUAAAAACAAUAAUGAAAGGGUUCCCAGAAAAGGCUGAUCAACUCCCUACAGAACUGCAUCACUACUUCAAUUUCAAAGAAGAACUAACAUACUUCAAAGGUCUAAUUUUCAAAGGUCACAAAAUUGUAGUGCCCAAAACACAAAUACCUCAGAUGCUAAAAUACAUACACCAAGGUCACCUUGGAAUUCAGAGUUGCUUGAAAAGAGCACACCAAUUACUCUAUUGGAGAGGACAAUAUGAAGACAUUGUGAAACUGGUUAAAAGCUGCUCAGCAUGUGAAAAAACACAAAAGGACAAUACCAAUUAUACCGUAGCAGUCAAAAGAAUCCCAUCUCUCCCAUGGCAGAUUGUGGCAUCUGAUUUAUUUGAACUAAAAGGAAAACAGUAUAUUGUAAUCUGUGACAGCUAUUCAGGAUACUUAGACUUUCAGUCACUUAAGAGCUCAUCAUCAACUGAAGUGAUUAAUCACUUAAAACAAUGGUUCUCUACACAUGGAAUACCUGAAGUACUUGAAUCAGACAACGGUCCACAGUACAUGUCCAGAGAAUUCAAAGAUUUCCAGAAAGAAUGGCGUUUCAAGCACUCAACAUCCAGUCCUCACCACCCCCAAGGCAAUGGCUUAGCCGAAAGAGCUGUCCAAACUGCAAAAAACCUACUAAGGAAAUGCAGUAUUGAUAAAUCGGAUAUCCAACUUGCUCUAUUAAAUUGGAGAAAUACACCAAGAACAAACAAUCUAGGGUCUCCUAAUCAACGCCUCUACAGUAGAAUAACACGAUCAUUAAUACCUACAAGUGAAAAUAAUCUUAAACCAAAGAUACUUCAAGGGGUCACAUCCGAACUAAAGUACCUACGAAACAAACAAGCCAACCAUAGCAACAAGCAACGUAAGGAGCCAACCAAUUAUGAACUCGACGACAGAAUCAGACACAAAGUCGGUCAUCGUCAAUGGGAAGGAGCGAGAGUGAUAGAAAAACCUAAUAAUCACCCGAGAUCCAUUAUCAUUAAAACUGACAAAGGACAAAUAUUCAGAAGAAACAUUGGACACAUACACAAUACACUAUCAGACCUAUCAAUUGGCAGCAAAGAAGCGGUUCCGGAAACAGUAUAUCCUGACGACUAUCCACAUGCCCAAUCGGACAAACAACCGGAGCUACCUGCAGCAGCUACUACAUCUCAAGAACAAACAACUAUAUCACCAAGGAUUAAUUGCAAAAGCAGCGCUUCAGAAGCACCCGUCAUAACUAGCAGUGAUCAACCGACUACAAGAUGUUCAAGAUUCGGAAGAACCAUCAAACCAGUCGACAGACUAGAUCUAUAGCUCAGCACAAUCAAUGUAAUCAAAUCGUCUUCUCUAAAGAAGGGAAGAUGUAACGUAUAUGCGACCUAAUGUCGAUUCUCAUAUCAUUAAUCUUUGCUGACCACUCUACGAAACAUACUCUAUGACUGCCCCGACAUAUUGUCUACGACGUACAUGUUACACGCAAGUAAAAACUGUGAAUGAUUGUGAAUAACAAAAUAAAAAUGUAAGCCCAA